AUGGCGAUCACAUUUGGUGAUCCAUUGUCAUCAAAUGCGGUCAUCGUAUCAUUGUUGAAACGUGAAUAUGUAGUGCAUGGGGUGGAAUCAUGGUGGAGUGAUGGUGGCGGUGGCGGUGGCGACGGCAACGGCAAAAGCAAAGGCAAAGGCAAAGUGUUUUGUGGUGGUGGUGGUAGAGGUGAUAGUUGUAGUGGUGUCGGUAGUCAUGGUGGUAGUGGUGGCAGUGGAGUGUUUUUGGUAGUGGUAGUGGCGGGGGCAGAAUGUAUGAGGUGGUGGAGGAGUGAUGGUGAUAGUGGUGAUGGCUAA